AUGACCGAUCGAGCAUCGUUGACGAUCUCAGCUCAAGGAUCUACCGCCCAAAGGGUCGAAUCGGCUAUCAUCCGGAAACCCGCAGCGCGUCGAGUGUAUCACCCCGAUGCACCUGCAGACCGGUCUGAAUGGGCAAUGUGGGUCGGAAAUGUGCCGAAGCAUGCCGAUGAAACCAAUCUCCAGACGUUUUUCACGCAAUUCGAAGACCACGGCGUUGUGUCGAUAUUUCGACUGUCCAAGUCCAGCUGCGCAUUCGUGAACUUCGCUAGCGAGACGCACUUGAUCGUGGCGAUUGAGCAAUAUGACGGAAGCCAUCUCCGCCCUGAAUGGUCGACGGGGCCGGUGCUUGUCUGUCGGGUUCGCACUCUCGACGACGAUCUUUGGACUGGAGUUGGCGGACAGCGAGGAAUGGGACUGCACCGCCAGUGGAUCGAGGACCACAGACCUUGA